AUGAUGUUAAUCGUAUACAUUUUCUAUGAAAUUUACUGGAAACGACGACGUUUACCGCCUGGUCCAACACCGUGGUUGCUGGCCGGAAAUAUACCGCAUUUUUUAUGCUAUCAAUCUAUUGACGAUAUGUUUCUUGCAUGGAAACAAAAAUACGGUGGUGUGAACGGGGUCGUACAAAUAGAUGGUGAUAAGUGGCGUGAGCAACGACGUUUCUCGUUGCAUGUUUUACGUGAUUUUGGCUUGGGUCGUGCGUUGAUGGAGCAGAAGAUUCAGUGCGAAGUGACACAUUUCGUUGAAUUCAUCGAGCAGCAGCACCUUAAGCAUCAACAAAUUGACAUUUGCCAGGCGACAGCAGUGUGUGUUGGAAACAUUAUCAAUAACAUCUUGUUUGGGCAUCGAUUUGCACAGAAACCAAUUAAUUAUUUGCAGGGCAGUGAGGAAUUCCAUAAAUUACAUUCGUUGUUAGAUGAGCAAUCGCGUUUAGUUAUCAAUCCUAUGAUGGGCGCUUAUAUUGUUGCACCCAUACUCACCCGAAUACCAUUCUUGAACAAAAAAUGGAAACAUCUUCUAAGAAUUCGUCAACAGCUAUGGAGUUAUCUGGAUGUUAAUAUUGAAGUGCAAUUUCAUUAUCAUUUUAUUAUGAAAAUGCUCUUGUUGGACUUAUUCUUUGCCGGUAUGGAGACAACAGUUACAACAAUGAAGUGGGGCUUUUUGAUGGUGCUUAUUCAUCCGGAAGUACAGACAAAAAUUCAAGAGGAACUUGAUGAAUGUGAUGAUGAGAUCAUUAAAUUAUCAGAUCGUAACAGAUGUCCUUAUACGAUGGCAACACUGAAUGAAAUCCAACGUAUUGCGAACAUUUUACCGAUCAAUCUUCUGAGGACUGUGGCCGAAGAUAAGUUGAUGGACGAUGGUUAUUUCUAUCCGGCCGGUACGUUGUGCAUUCCACAGAUCUCGAUUGCGAUGAAUGAUCCAGAAAACUUUACAAACCCGCAAACGUUUUGUCCAGAACGUUUUCUCGAAAAUGAUGGUGAAACACUGAAACGUUACGAUGCGUUUAUGCCAUUCUCGAUUGGUAAACGUCAAUGCUUAGGUGAAUCGUUGGCACGUGCCGAACUAUUUUUGAUUUUUGCGAAUGCUCUUCACAAUUUUCGUUUUCGUAGUGCCGUGGUGCCCUCCAAUUCAGCGUCGAGUAACUCCUCCUCGAGCACUCAAACUUCAUCGUCAAAUUCUCAGCAGCCAUCAACGAAACGACUUCUCGGUCUAACCGUCUCACCACCGUCCUAUAAAUGCGUCGUUGAACGACGACAGCGACGGUCAUCCCACAAGCAUUAG